AUGGAGGAUGAGCAUGCGUUUUUGCAGAUGUUCCUUCAGGGACUUCGGUUGAGUAUUAUGACGCAAUGUAGAGGUGGUAGGUAUGUUACAAGGGCAGACUUAGUAGAGUUCGCGUCUUUGAUUGAGGAGGAUCAGCGCGAGCAGGUUGGUUUAGCUGUCGCUUCAGCUGCCGUUGCUCCUGCUAUCCAACCUCGGAGUAAGCAGCGCAAAGGUGGUUCCGGUUCUGGUUAUGGUUAUGGCAGAGGUGGCAAGCCUGCGCAAUACCAGAAGAGGAGAUGGGAGGAGUCUUCUGGAGGUAGUCAGAUUCCUCGUGGUGCAUGUUAUGGUUGUGGGAGCACGGAGCACCUUGUUUCAAGUUGUCCCAAGAGGGAUGUAGCGCGAAAGCCGAGAGUGUGCUUUAACUGCAGAGAGUCGGGACAUAUCAGGCCGAUGUGUCCCAAGUUACGGAGCAUGGCGGUCGCGUCGAUUCAGCCGUUAGGAGCGACACCAGUGGCUCAGAUUGCAGCGGUUCAGCCAGUGGGUCAGAUCAAACCGGCCCCGUGGGUGUACGCUUCAGCGGAGAUGGGCCAGACUAGUCAGUCCGGUUUUGAGUCCCACUUGUUGUUUGACUCUGGAGCAUCGAAUUGCUUCAUUACUCCGAAGAGGGCUGAGCGCACUGGCAUCCCAAACAGCACUGGUAAGCGUUCGAGUAUGAUCAAGGUGGCUGGAGGUGGAUUCUUGGAUACUUUGGGCCGUGCUAGAGGAGUUGAUAUUCAGAUUGCGGGCAGUCGAUGCCAGCAGAUUUGGUUAUCAGUCCGGUGGAGCUGUAUGAUGUUAUUUUGGGGAUGGACUGGUUGGCGUAUUACAGAGUUCAUCUGGAUUGCUACAGAGACAGAGUGGUGUUUCAGCGAGAUGGAUUACCACCAUCUCGGUCCGAUCGUUUUCACGAUUGAGUUAGAGCCGGGGACAGCACCGAUAUCGAAGACGCCUUACAGAAUGGCGCCAGCUGAGUUGGCAGAGCUGAAAAAGCAGAUAGAGGACCUUUUGUCAAAGGGUUUUAUUCGACCGAGUGUUUCACUGUGGGGAGCACCUGUUGUUUGUGAAGAAGAAGGAUGGAGUUUCAGUUUGUAUCGAUUACAGAGGCUUAACCGAGUCACUGUGAAGAACAGGUACCCUCUCCCGAGGAUUGAUGAGUUGUUGAUCAAUGAGGCAGAUGUCAGGAAGACUGCUUUCAGGACGCGUUAUGGGCAUCUUGAGUUUGUGGUUAUGCAUUUUUGUUUGACUAACGCGCCGACAGAUUUUAUGAGGUUGAUGAACGACGUGUUCAGGGAGUAUUGGAACGUGCUUGUUAUCAUCUUCAUCGAUGACAUUCUGGUGUAUUCGAGGAGUCCUGAGGAGCAUAAGACUCACUUGAGAUUGGUGUUGGAAACGUUUUGGGAGCAGAACUUAUACGCUAAGUUGAGCAAGCGCAUGGUAGAGGCAGAUGGAUUUUUGGGUCACAUUGUUUCUGCACCUCCGGCGAAGAUUGAGGCUAUCAGAGAUUGGCCUAGACCGAGUAGUGCUACACAGAUCAGGAGUUUUCUUGGUUUUUAA